ACUUUAAGAAUAACCCGGGGUCCAGAUGGAUGUGACAGAGCUGUGAUUAGCGACACUAAUGAAGAUACUGAGUCCGAAACGCCGGAAAAAUCGGUUGAUUGUUUGGUUUUAUUUGAACCAGAAGAUAUCGAAAUAGACGUUAUAUUUUUACAUGGGCUUCACGGGGCAAUCAAUAAAACAUGGAAACAAGGAGUUUGGAGAACAAGCUCCCACAAGCUCAACAAACAAUCGCCUGUGAGAAGGUUAUCAACAGGCGAUAUGUAUGUCCCAACCAAAGACCAUACGUUAAAAAGAACGCUUUCAAGUAUUUAUUCCAAAAUACCCAACAAAGUAGCCAGAAGGGAAGAAAAUGAAUCAAGUGAAGAAAAUAAAGAAUAUAACGACGAAGAUGAAACGAAGAAGAUUGAGGAUUAUAGUGACUGUUGGCCUAGAGACUGGAUACCAAAGGAUUGUCCAAAUGCUAGAGUUAUAGCGUUGAACUAUACUACAGACGUACUGUGGUGUCCUACGUGGAUGAAAAAGCGAAAAAGAACCAAUUUGAUCGAACGAAGUAAUGAAAUGAUAGAGGAAUUAGUUAAAAUCGGUGUAGGAAAACAUCCUAUUGUAUGGGUUGGGCACUCCAAAGGAGGACUUUACAUAAAACAGAUGAUGCUUACUACUUUUAACAGCGCCGAGUCCAGUGAAAUUAAUGACAUAUUUAACCAAUCGAAAGCAAUAAUGUGGUACAGCGUUCCGCAUAAAGGGUCUACCUUAGCCGAUUUUACUUUGCCCUUGUUACGAAGAAGUGUUGAGUUACUUGAAGUACAAAGAAAACUAGCAAAAAAGAAGCAGAAAAAAAUUACAACUGAUAAUGUGAAGAAAGAUGGACAAGAUAGAUACUUGGCCACAUCUUUACCCAAAAAGCCCACAUGUAAGCACGUGAAUAAAAGCAAAUACAAAUGUGAAUCUUUAACAUCUAAUACCAUGUUCUACUUCCAUAAGAAGUUUUAUAGCAGUCAUAAAAAAAUUGAUCAAGAUAAUUUCAUUUUGAAGUACACAUCUAUAACUACUGUAGAACGAAAACGAUCAAGAACAAAUACCAGAACUCCAAAAUCGCAUUCCAAUCAUUUUUUUAUUCCUGACCACAAGUCACAGCAACUUGUUCCAGUCUGUCUUCCAGCUUUCUGUCAUGUGUUAAAUAUAAAACAAGGUAGAAUAAAAGGAGUUACUAAAAGAUUUGCAGAAAAUGGGACUAGUGCAUCAGAGAGGAGAGGUGGUAACCAAAAAGAGUUUGCAUAUAGAUCGAAAUUGGAUUCGGUCCAAAAAUUUAUUAUGAAAUUCCAACCUUUAGAUUCUCAUUACUGUAGGGGCAAGAUAAAACAGAGAAUUUAUUUAGACCCUAGUCUUAAUAUUACUAAAAUGUACAAAAUGUAUGAAGAUCAAUCCUUACCCGGAUUCUCAGUGACUAAAUCGUAUUUCAGAAAAGUAUUUAAUACAUCUUUUAACAUUGGAUUUGGGACACCACGACAGGAUGUUUGCUCCGAUUGUCUACAGCUUAUAGAAAAACUGAAAAGAUGUUCAAACGGCAUUGAAAAGGAAAAUAUACGUGCACAAUAUAGAAUUCAUAAGAUGAGAGCUAAACGCUUUUUUCAGCUUUUGAAAGAUGAAGAUCCAGAUAUACUCAUCCUUUCAUUUGAUUGUCAAAAAAAUCUACCCAUGCCCAGGGUACCAGUUGAUCAAGUGCCUGUAUUUGAUUGGAAAGAAGCAUGCAAGAAUGUGCUUAAACCCACACAGAGCCUGCACUUCCAAAUCAGUAAAUGCAAGCGCAUAAUUAUUGAAAAGGUAAUUAAAAAAAUUAUGGUACGGGGUGAAUUAUCUUACAGAAAUGACAUAAGUCAACUCUUACCAAUAACAAAACGAGGUAAAAAGAUUUCUCACAUAUUACCUAACAGAAUAACUCAAAGUGUCACCAUUAAACAAGAGAAGCUUGAUGAUGUUAAUAAACUGUUGAAAAAACACUUUGGAGAUCAGUGGCCGGAAAUCCCGGAGCUAAAUUAUUUUAGAAACGUUCUGGCUCUACCCGGACAUGAUGGUGAAAAUGUAGGUGGUGAAGAAAAUGACUCCGUACCUGAGGAAAUACUUGAUUUUGUCUAG